CCCAGUCCGGAUGUUCCCCAGUAGCGAAUAACGAGCAGCAGUGUGUGAAUGUGGCAAUCGAGGUAGACAGGGAGGGGUGGAUAGACUGACCAGGGCACGGUUUUUGUCCUUUUCUUCAUUUUUGUUUACGUACACAAGCGGCUGUUUACGGUUUACGCGAGGCCACGGCGGUGGAGCCGCUUAUCGAGCAGAACGCCCGGCCGCUGCUGCUUUUCUUCGGGACCAACCGGUGUCGUUGUGAAAACAGCCCAGAAGAAAGAAGCGAAGGCAGAAACAACAUGGGCCGAUAAUAAAAAAAGGUGCUGCGAACCGACGAUGACUCCCUGGGAGGAUCCGUGAAGCGUAUUUAUUUUUUAUUUAUUGCCCCUUUGUGCCCUUUUUGCUUCCUUCCACCGUUGCCCUCCCUCGCUACUUUGGAGGUUUGUGUUUUUAAAGGACGAGGCAACGGGAUACGUUACACGAGGACCCGAAGAUGGACCAAGCCGGCAUCCUGAGAAAGUUUAUCCAGGGGGUGAGGGCCAUGAGCCAGGGGGACGACGAGCGGGGAGAGGACAACUUCGGCAGCGACUUUAUGCGGUUGCGGAGGUUAUCGACCAAAUACCGGACAGAGAAGAUCUACCCCACCAAUGUAGGAGAGCGGGAGGAAAAUGUCAAGAAAAACAGAUAUAAAGAUAUACUGCCAUUUGAUCACAGUCGGGUGAAGCUGACGUUAAAAACGGCCAAUCAGGACACAGAUUACAUCAACGCUAACUUCAUCAAGGGUAUCGAUGGCCAACAGGCGUAUAUUGCAACUCAGGGCCCACUGCCGAACACCGUCAUCGACUUCUGGAGGAUGAACUGGGAGUACAAUGCUGCUGUAAUUGUGAUGGCCUGCCGCGAGUUCGAGAUGGGACGGAAAAAGUGUGAGAGGUAUUUCCCACCGAAGGGGGAGGAGCCCAUGAGUUUUGGCCCUUUCCGAAUCUCUUGUGAAUCAGAGCAGACCAGGACAGACUACGUUAUCAGGACUCUGAAAGUGGACUAUGAAAAUGAAACCCGCAGAUUAACACAGUUCCACUAUAUGAACUGGCCCGAUCACGACGUCCCAUCAUCAUUUGACUCCAUACUGGACAUGAUUGGGCUGAUGAGAGAAUACCAGGAGCACGAUGAAGUCCCUAUAUGUGUGCAUUGCAGUGCAGGCUGUGGGAGGACGGGAGCUAUCUGCGCUAUCGACUACACGUGGAACCUCCUCAAAGCUGGGAAAAUUCCCGAAGAUUUUAAUGUCUUCCGGCUGAUCCAAGAGAUGAGGACACAGCGGCACUCGGCCGUUCAGACCAAGGAGCAGUACGAGUUAGUGCACAGGGCGAUCGCGCAGCUUUUUCAGAAGCAACUGCAGCUACUGGAGAGCCCCACCAACGCGCAGAUACACGACGGCAUGGAUGAAAGCAGUCCAGACAAGGCGAGUCACCCGUCGGAUGAGGAGAGAUGGGACACGCCGCCUCCGAAGCCUCCUCGCAUCCGCAGCUCCCAGGCUGAAGGUGACGUGAAAGAGGAGAUUCUGCAGCCGCCGGAGCCUCACCCCGUGCCUCCCAUUCUGACCCCGUCUCCCCCUUCAGCCUUCCCCACAGUCACUAAUGUCCGUCAGGACAACGAUCGCUACCACCCCAAACCUCUCAUACACGUCCUGGCAACUGUACAUCACAAUGUGAUGCAGAAUAAAGACGUGGACCAGCAGCAGAACCAGUCAGAACCUUGUGCAAACAAACAGACCAGUCCCUCAGAGCCAAAGGACCAAGAUGUACAAAGUCGAACGCAGCAGACCCAGCUCUCAACUCUGGAUCUUAACGACAACUACAACAACAAAUUGUCUUCAACAUCGGCAAAAUCAGAAUCGGGCCAAAGCCAGACUCAGACUCCUUCCUCCCCCCUCUCCCCCGCUGUUGAAUGUUCUGGUGCUCCUCGGAUCGAGAGGAAGCUCAGCAUUGAGAUUAAAAAGGUGCCGCUGCAGGAGGGACCUCGCAGCUUUGACACUUCCUCCUCGCUGGGGGUCGCGGGGGGGCUCGCCGGCGGUGCAGCCAACAGCACGGCUAUGCUACAAAGAACCCACGCCUUCAAGGCCCGCUCCGGCCAGUCGCUGCUGACCUCCAGCUCCUCGCUGUCGGAAGACUCGGGCACGGAGGGGGGAGCAGGUGGGGAGAGUCACGCGGAGAGGAGCGUCCUACCCAGACCGAACCACCUCCCUGUGAAGAGCGGGGAGAAGGGGGAGGCGCAGGGCGGGGACAGAGUGGACGUGAAAGCCAGCCAUGCAGCGUGGUCGCAGCCAUCCAACAGCCCGGAGAAACAGCUCUCCAAGACCUCCUCCUCCUCCUCCUCCUCGGAACGCGUUGCUCCUUCUUCCUCCUCCUCCUCUCACCUCUCCUCCUCCUCCUCCUCUUCCUCUUCCACCCCCGUCAGGACUGCCCUGAGCUUCACCAACCCUCUGCACUCCGACAACUCUGACGAGGAGGUGGACGGAGAGAUGUGCGGGGUGAAGGAGGGCCACCGUACGACCGUUUCCACGGCGAUGGCCUUGGUGACCGCAUCCCUACACCACGCGGAAGCGCAGCCGGUCAGGAAGGUGCUGCCCAUGUCCAUCGCAGGGCAGAGCUCUCCUCAGUCCACAGCGAACUUUUGGGACAGCGAUGACUCCCCUCCCCCCCUCCCUGAGAGAACCCCUGAGUCCUUCAUACUGGCCACAGAUCCUUCGGAAGUCAGGACGUCGACUUCAACUGAAUGGAGCAGUUCACACAAAGAAACGUCAGACUGUGCUAACACCUCUCCAGCCAACACUGCAGCUGCUGGAAACUCGGCAACAGACAGCAAAGCAGACUUUGGUGGGGUUCGGUAACCGCUGCAUCCAGCCCAAAGGCCCCCGAGAGCCCCCCCUGGAGUGGACCUGAUCGGACGAGCCAUCUGUCUGUCCUUUCACGUCCUCCUUGGUCAGGAGACGGACCCUACUGUUGAUACAUGCCACACAAACAGAGUGCACAUCACCGCUUUCGAAGACUGACCUCCUUCUCCUCUUCCUCCUGUUCCAUCAAAGUGCCACUGAGCAAGAACACUUACUGGUCGAGUGGCCCUCAUUUUGUUGAUCAACUUGCUGAUGUUAGAGGUUUGGACAUCUCUAAAUGCUGGCCUGGGAUCAGUAGGGUCCUUUCCUCGUUAAUGGUUAAAGGAUGACUCUUCUUCGUUUCCCUGUUUUCAUUAGUAGAUAAAGAAUUUAGAUUGUUUUCUCUCUGUUCUGUGAAUGAAAUAUUCAGCAUUUAUAAGGCAAACAAGGAGGAAUAUAGAUGCUAGUGUUUUUUUUCCCUAAAGUAACAGGAAAAAUACUUUGUUUUACACCAAAUGAGAAAGAAAAUAUUCUUGUCCUAAACCAGGCAUUAUCUUUAGUCAGAAAAGCUACUGUGGGAAGCUGAUUCCUGAGGUUUAACUCGACUCCCAGAAGGUGUCUGCUUGCUCCUACUGAAUGAACAACAAUCUUCAAAGCGAACCUAGAUAAUCUGUUACCCAUGAUGCAACCUUUUCUGUUGGGUAUGUACAGGUUGCCAGGGUGCUCUCUCUCUCUCUCUCUCUCUCUCUCUCUCUCCCUGUAUCUCUGUCUCUCUCCCUCUUUCUGCGUGCUGGUGCUACAUGACGAAGGGUCAUCAUAGAAACAGAAGGACUAGAGCUAAGCUGACUCUCCACCUGUGUCUCAGCUCAUGGUAGCUACCUGCCGUUGUGUCAGCUCUACUACUUUGUAUUUCUGUGCUGGCCUCCCUGUUUACCAGAGCCAUGGGCUGACAUAGUUUGGUCAUUGCUCUUAUCAGUAGCAGCAUUGUUGGCGCUAUAAAACUAUGCUUUUGCAGCCAGUAAUGUCUGAAAGGUGAAUUUCUUGUUUGCAGCUGGUUCUAGAGGCUGGUUGGCUCAAAUUGGAAUCAGAUUCUUUGCUCUGUUCACAGGAUAGAGAUGUGCAAACAGCCUCCACUUUUAUUUUUCCAUCUUAUGUAUUUCUAAAGUACUGUACUAUAUCUGACUCUGUGCCACUGGAUGCUCAUAGUCCUGUGGGGUAUGAAUAUAAAUGCCGAAACAACCAAGUGAAGCCCAUUAGUAAAAUAUGCUGAUGAUAACCGUGAUUCAAGUGGAAAUGUAACAAAUUAACCAAAUUAACCCCUUGCGCCCCAGACUGAUCCCACAAUGCUUUGCAGAGUAAAAUCACUCACUCGUGUUAAAACACAUUAGCGAUGACCAAACUUGUCGUUUGCUGUAUGACUCUGGCUCUCGCUGCUGGGACCUGCCUUAGUCUGCCUCUCGGAGAAGCCAGUGACAGUCCAUUAUCGCGGCUUUUUUCUGUUAAUUCUCGCUUCGUGUCCCCCCCCCGCCUUCAGUUGCUACUCUCAUUUCUUUUCUUUUUCUCGUCGUUCUGUUGUUUCUCCGUCAGUGCGGCCCUCAGACAAACACGACCAAGCAAGGUUUUUAUUUUAGCCAGUUUACUCACGUUGAACCUCACUGUUUCAGAACAUGAAUGUGACACAUCGUCUGAAACUCUUCGGGGACUCGACUGAUCUGACUCGUUUGGUUUGUCCACUGACGGCCAGGUUGGACUCACUCUGCUCCUGUAUGUGUGGGACAAUGAUCCAAUGAGACAGCAGCAGCUAGGGGCCCAGGACUACUGCUUUCUCCUGAUUUUAUUGUUCACUGCUAACUCCUCUUCAUUAGCUAUCAUAACUAUACAGUAUAUGCAUCGUUUUAUAAAGAUAAAGAACUGUACAUGGCAGUCUAGGUAUAUAAUAUUUUGUUUUUGCUAUCUUAAAUAUUCUUAUUAACAGAAGAUGUAAGAAAGUCAGUGCAUGAUGAUGAAUCCUGUCCCUUACACAGUGACUGUAAAUUAUUCUGCUGCCCUUUUUGUUUUUGCUUCUGACAAAUAUUUCAGGGUUUUUAUUUUUAUGUUUGAAUUUUAUGCUUAAAAUAUUGAAUAAAGUUUCUUUUAAUUGGUUGGUAGCGAGGCGGUAUACACCGCCAGCCGCCCUCCCUAUUCACAUAGCAACAACAGGCUCUGAAUAAGAUUGUAAUAAUAUUAUUAAUGAUUAUAAUAGUAAUUAAUAAUGGUCUUUUUUGUAAAUGGUAUUUUAAAAGUUAUUUUUGUAUACACAGUUGCAUCACAGACACCUCCCCUCACCCAAACUCCCAUUUCACACAUACUCUUUCCUUCUCUUUUUUCUUUUUGACUCUUUUCUCAGACUUUUCCUUCAACGAGAUACAAAACAUUUCCCAUCAUUUUUUUUUCACAAAUCAUCCAGUUUAAUUUUCUAACUUUUCAGGAUGUUUUAAGAGUUUGAGACUGUUGUUUUACCAUCAGCAGUGUCUCUCAUUUGCAGCAACUCUUAUAAUUAGUGGUUCAAAUUUAAAAACGCAAGGUGUUUAAAAGAGGCAUUCAUUUCUCAUAUUUAACCCCUAUUUCCCACCUUCUACCCAUACGCCACCACGAUCUCAGAAAGUCUCACCUGUGCCUUUAAAACAGAGCCUGCCCUCCCCUGGUUCCCGUCUGAGUGUGAGCGAUGUCAUUUGCUGCUGCUUGUUGCUCAUCGCCGCCUGUGGGUCGCAUUCACGCCCCCCCUCCUGCUGUCACACACAUACACAAAGAGUCACACACAUAUGUUUGUAUGUUGCAGAAAUCAAUCAGUAAAAAUGAUCAUUAUGUC